AUGGAACCUCAAUUGAAGACCGUAAUUGACAAAGUUGUUGCAGAAUUUGCAAUAAGCGAUGAGUUUUUAAGAAAAGCAACCGAUAAGUUCAUUGCUUCAAUGGAUCAUGGUUUGGCAUCAGGUCCUUCAAAAGAACACAUGCCUAUGAUCCCUACCUACGUUACAGAUAUUCCCAAUGGUAAAGAGGAAGGAUUGUUUUUGGCAGGUGACUUGGGUGGAACGAAUUUCAGAGUUUGCUCCAUUAACUUGAAAGGUGACCACACUUUUGACUUGAAACAAUCAAAAUACAAAAUCCCUUUGGACUUAAUGAAAAACUCGACAUCUGAUGAGUUGUUCAGCUAUUUGGCUGCAAAAGUGGAAGCUUUUUUGGAAGAGCACCACAAAGAUUACAAAGAUAAUGAUCAUUUGAAGUUGGGGUUCACCUUUUCCUUCCCUGUGUACCAGACUAGUUUGAAUAGAGGUACGUUGAUUAGAUGGACCAAAGGCUUUGAUUUACCUGAUUUAGUUGACAAAGACGUUGUAGAGUUAUUCCAGAAACAUAUCGAAUUGAAAAAGAUCAAAGUGAAUGUUGUCGCUCUUGCAAAUGAUACUGUGGGUACGUUGUUGUCAAGAGCUUAUUCGAAUAACCCUGACGUUACCAAAUCAAAUACCAUUGUUGGUGCAAUCUUUGGUACGGGUACUAAUGGAGCUUAUUUCGAGACAUUUGACAGAAUCCCAAAAUUAGAUUCCUCAAAAUUCAAAGGCAAAGGUAUGGUGAUUAACACAGAAUGGGGUUCAUUCGACAAUAAUUUAACUAUUCUCCCAAACACUAAAUAUGAUGAGAUAGUCGAUAAGGAAACAGCCAAUGUAGGUUAUCAUUUGUUUGAGAAAAGAGUGAGUGGUAUGUUCCUAGGUGAAAUUUUAAGGGUAACCUUAAUUGAAUUGUUCAAGGAAGAUCACAUUUUUGUCGAUUUAUACAAGAAAAGGGGUGGUUCUUUACCUCAUAGAUUGUCUGAACCUUGGCAAAUUGAUGGUGAGGUUUUAUCUUAUAUCCAAAUCGAUGACUCAACCGACUUGAAGAUGUCUGAGUUGGUUUUACAAAAUCAUUUAAGAUUACCUACCACCAAACAGGAAAGAUUGGUAAUUCAAGCUUUGACCAGAGCCAUUUCCCAUAGAGCUGCUUACUUGUCUGCUGUGCCUUUAGCUGCUAUCACUAAGAGAGUUGCCCCUCAAUACGAAAAUGACGAUAAGGAUUUCGAAUUUGGUCUCGACGGAUCCGUCAUCGAAUUCUAUCCAGGGUUUCAACAAGCCGUUAUGGAGGCUAUUAAGAUCAUAGAUCCUUUGAAGGGCUCUCCAAAGCAAAUACAUUUAAAAAUUGCCAAAGACGGUAGUGGUGUCGGGGCAGCCUUAUGUGCAAGUACCGCCAAAUAG